AUAAAAAGUCAAACCAAAGACUAUUCUAGACUUUGAAGUCAACCGAGUCGAUAUCCGAGUCAGCGAUUAUCAGCCGCCAACUCAGCAUUCCUUCCCUCCAUUCGACGCAAUAUACCAAGCCCCAAAUCCGGAAAACCAAAUCGCAAAAUCCAAAGAGACCCCAAACAUAGCAUCCUCUCUCUCUCUCCCCUCUUCCAACAAUGGAGGAACAAGGAGAUGGUGUCCAUUACUGGGGCAGAACCCCAGAGGAUGAGUAUUACAAGCAGCAAGGAAUCAAGGGGUCAAAAUCCUUCUACACUUCCCCAAGAGGCCUCUCUCUCUUCACCAGAUCAUGGCUGCCCAUCUCCGGCCCUACCCGUGGCAUCAUCUGUGGAGUUCACGGCUAUGGUAAUGACAUCAGUUGGACCUUCCAGUCCACCAUGAUCUUCUUCGCACAGAAGGGUUUCGCUUGCUUUGCCGUCGACAUCGAAGGGCACGGCAGGUCUCAGGGAUUAAAAGCUUACGUUCCGAAUCUCGAUCUUGUCAUCCAAGAUUUGUUGUCAUUCUUCAAUUUCAUCAAGCAAUAUCCCCAAUUUCAUGGGUUGCCGAGGAUUCUUUACGGGGAAUCGAUGGGGAGUGCCAUUUGUUUGUUGAUCCAUUUCGCCGAUCCAAAGGGGUUCGACGGAGCGAUCCUGGUGGCACCCAUGUGCAAAAUCUCCGACAAGGUGAAACCCAGAUGGCCAAUUCCCCAAAUCCUCACCUUUGUGGCGAAAUUCUGUCCCACCCUCCCAAUUGUACCAACGGAAGACAUUAUGAAGAAAUCAAUCAAAGUGGAAGAGAAAAAGAUAAUCGGAGACAUGAAUCCGGAGAGAUACAGGGGAAAACCGAGAUUAGGCACCGUUCUUGAGCUCCUCAGGGCUACGGAGUAUCUGGGUAAACGAUUGGGUGAGGUAAGUCUCUCGUUUCUUGUACUACACGGCAGUGAAGAUGCAGUAACGGAUCCGGCUGUGAGCUUAGCGUUGUAUGAAGAGGCAAAGAGUGAGGACAAGACGAUAAAGAUAUAUGAGGGGAUGAUGCAUUCAUUGCUGUUUGGAGAGCUAGAGGAGAACAUCGAAAUUGUUCGCAAUGAUAUGUUUGAUUGGUUGAAUGAAAGAUGUGGAGGAAUGGCUGAAUAAGAUUUGUGUUAAAUUAAAGUUUAUGAAUUUGAUGGUGAAGAUUGCCUCAUAUUUAGGAGGACUUCUCAAAUUGUCAUUAAACUCAUUUUUAAAUGCAUUGUAUUUGAAUUUCAAUGGUUUUUUUUAAGUGAUUCCCUUGGUGUUAAGAUGCAUAUUGAUUUAUUGGAUUUAUAUAAAGUAUAAUUAAAGAC